UGUGUGACAGCAGCACAGCAGUGCAGCGGUUGGUGCCCGUGACGGCGUGUGUGUGUGGCAUCCGUGCCUUUAUCACUCCCCCAGGUGAUCAGGAUUGAGGAGUGGCACGUCGUUGCUGAGCAGUGACAGCAGCAGCAGUGAGACACGGAGAGACACGGCGGGUACACACGAAAGGGAGGCGGGAGACUCGGACGAAAGCUGAAAGGAAUCGCUGCGGGCGGCAAAAGCCUGCAGGCGUUGCUGCCGGUCGGGGGGAAGGGGGGGCGCGGAUACAGCGCCAAAAUACCCUCUUCCGCCACCACGUUAGCGUGUCGUGCGCUUGGGGCAUCGAGCCGCUUCGGCGACUCGGUUGAUGGAGGAGUAGCAGUAGCAGCAGCGCCGGCACCAGCAUCAUCAAGCAGAGGCAUCAAGUCACCAUGGGGAACAAGCUGAGCGUCUCGUCGACAUUUUCUUAUGCAAGCAGCGGUGGCAGCAACAGCAGGCGCGGCAGAGGCAGCAGCUACAGCAUCUACAGCAGCAGCAGCAGCAGCAUCAGCAGCAUCAACAUCGACAGCAGCAGCAGAAGCACCAAUAUCGACAAUUCCAGCAGGGGUGUGGACGGCGGUACUGCCUACACCUCCUCUACCCGAACACCUCCGCGGCUGAACGACGACAGCGGCAGCGGCGGCGGGAACACCCACCGGUUCUACCAUCCGGAGACCCCCCGCCGAGAGACCGCUUUUCACUGCGCGACAUGGCCGCAGCUGCGCACGCCGUCGUCGGCGGAAUCUUCGGAGACGAGCAGCCUGUCUGGUGGAGCGACGGAGGGCGGUGGGAGCAUGUUCGCCGCCGGCAGUACCCCCGCUGAUUCUCCAUCGGGGACGGCGGCGGCGGCGGCAACGGCGAGCGUCUCUACCCCGCGGCGUGCUUUUGGUGCUGCUGCUCAGGUUGGUCUCGAGCGGUACCCGAUGUUCUCGCUGUCUUCGCUCCGACGGGUGGGGGGCGUGGCGGCGGCGUUCGGGGGCUUUUCUACGGACAGCGACAGCGACAGCGGCGGCGGCGGCGGCGGCGGCGGUGGUGGUAACGGCAGCAGCGGCAGCAGCAAUAGCAGCGGCAGCGACAGCGACAACGGCAACCACAACAACAUAGGGUUCAGGAGCGCGGCGGACAGCUGCAGCGACAGCAGCAGCAUCAGCUGCAGCACGCGGAGCAUCUGCUUCAGCGACAACGACGAUGGCGGCGGCGGCGGCGGCGGCGGAGGGCUGGCUCUUGAGGGCUUGGGCGGUAGCGCCAGGGGGGCUGCGCGGGAACAACGGGAGAUCGGAGGGGCUCAUUUUUCGUGGGAUUCGGGGAGAGCACCAGCAACGAGGGCAGCACCGUCGACAGCUCCCGCGAGGCGCUACAUCCCGGCAUUUACUUUCGGUUCCUUGACGUCGAGAUCGCGGAGAGGGUCCACGGGGGUGACGAGAUCUUUCGAUGAGCGGGGAGAGAGUCGCGAAAGUGCACCGCCUAGACAACCUCCGCACCUGGCACCACCGGAUCGGACCGGCACCCCCCAUAGGUCUGGACCGCAGCGGGCGCCAUGUCCUAGGGCUCUCGAGGACAGCCGAGCCACGACGGUCACGGAGGAGUGGACCCCGACAGCCACCACUGCGGCGGCUUCCGCCGCUAGCCCUGCUUCUUCUUCCGCCGCUUCGGCCUCUGCUUGUCCCGGCGGCGGCGGCGGCCGCGGCGGCGGCAACGGCGGCAGCGGUGGAUUUUCUGCCGCUACUGCUGCCGCUACUGCUGCUGCUGCCUCCUCCUCCCCCUCCUCCUCCGCGACUGUGUUGGCACCGACGUCCUCCUCUUCUCCUUCUUUGCAAACCACGGCGGCGGCGGCGGCGGCGACGACGAGGGAAACGCCUUCGACGGUGUCGACGCCGUCGUCGUCGGUGUCGACCUCUUCCCCGGAGGAGGAGCGCCUGGGCCACCGAAGCAGGCGGCGGCGGCGGCGGCGAACGCCACUCGCGCGGCUCUUCCCGGCGGUGUCGGCCGCGAGCCCGCCGCGCUCGAGAGGCGGUGGCGGCGGCGGGGCGGCGGCCUCGAACGGCAACAUCCACAGCAGCAGCGACGACGACGUCGGCGCUAUGACGCCUCAGUCGUCGUCACCGGCCGCCGGGGACGGGGGAUCUUCGUCGGCGUUUUCUAGCUCCCCCGCCUUGAGCACCACGCCGCCGCCGCCUCCGUCGCGGUCGAACCACCAGCACCACCACCACCACCACUACCAGCAGCAUCGCCGGCGCGAGCGCAGCGGGGAGAUGCCGCUUUCGUGGCCCUUGCCGUCUCCGUCUCCGUCUCUGUCUUCUGGUGCAGGCGGCGGCGGCGGCGGCGGCGGCGGCGGCGGCGCUCCGGCGGUAACCGCUCUCACCGCUUCCGUCAUGACGGCGACGCGGCAUUACUCCUACCGGCAACAGCAACGACAACGACGCAACCUGCUGGCCGAAAACACCGCCGAUGGGGGGCGCGAGACGGCAGGACGCCGAAGAGCUUCCUCCUUCCGCGGCGGUGGUGAAGGAACUCCCGCCGCCGGAGGCGGCGGCGGCGGCGGCGGAGCAAGCUUUAGCGGGGUCGACGAAGACACCUCGGACGAAAAUGCAGCCGAACCGGCACCGGUUGCUCCGCCUUCGCCGCCACCACUGCCUAGUCACGGCGGCGGCGGCGGGGAGGGCGGGGGGGCGGCGGCGGGUCCGGCGGCUAGUUUUUCCUUCCCGGGUUUUUUAACGCCGAGGCGUUCGUUGACCAGGAGGAGGACCCCGCUCUCCCCCGCUUUGUCGGCGAGCCCGCCGGCGGAAGCCCGAAGCUUGCGGUCUGCAUCCGCGUCCUCGAUCGCGGGUACGCCGAGGCGACUUUCGAGGGGCUUUCGUUCGGCUUCGGCGCGUGGGGAUAGCCAGCUUCAGGUGGUGAUGUGCUCCAGCUGCGGCCGCGCGGGAUUCAUCCAGUCUUCGGAGGCGCUGGCCAGCCGAUCUAGCUUCUUUUGCAGCUGCGGCAGCCCGGUCGUCCCCGCCUCGGCGUUGCAGCUCCUGACGGCGAUGCCGGGGGGAAUUUCGAUGUCUUCGGUCUCUCAGCAUACGGGGGCGUCUCCGCAGCUCGUCGAGCGCCUUCCCACGAUGCAGUACCAGGAAAGCUCUCGGAAAGUUCUAGUGGCGGAGCAUGGCGAGGAGGAUAAGGUGUCCUGCCGGGUGUGUCUGAGCGACUACGAGGCAGGGGACACGCUUCGCAUCCUUCCUUGCCUGCAUAAGUUUCACCGGGUGUGCAUCGACGAGUGGCUCGGCAGGUCGGUGCUGUGCCCGCUCUGCAACACCUCGGUCGAAGUGGCGGAAGACUCGCACGUGACCUGCUGCGGAUCCUCGUCGUCGUCGGAAACGUCGGAGACGUCGGCAUCAGCAGCUUCGACCUUCUCGAGGGGCUAAGAUUGUUUUCUUUUGCGUGGAAUGCCGAUAGACGUAGAGUCGUUACAAGUACCUUGCGUGUGACCCCCCCCUCCCCCCCCCGCCCCCCGUUUGCCAGCAGUGCC